GGCCGCCUCCUAAGGGGAGGCGGUUCUGGUUCUAGCUGGCAGCGGCGGGCGGUGUGAGAGGAAAAUGCCCGUGGCGGUGAUGGCAGAGAGUUCCUUCAGCUUCAAGAAGCUCCUGGAGCAGUGCGAGACCCAGGAGCUUGAGGCCCCUGGAGGAAUUGCAACCCCCCUUGUUUAUGGCCAGCUUCUAGCUUUAUACCUGUUGCAUAAUGACAUGAAUAAUGCAAGAUAUCUUUGGAAGAGAAUCCCUCCUGCUAUUAAAUCUGCAAAUGCUGAACUGGGUGCAGUUUGGUCAGUAGGACAAAGAAUUUGGCAGAGAGACUUUCCAGGAAUCUAUACAACAAUCAGCGCGCAUCAGUGGUCUGAGACUAUUCAACCAAUCAUGGAAGCACUUAGAGAUGCAACUAGGAGACGAGCCUUUGGAUUGGUUUCUCAGGCGUAUACCUCAAUAGUUGCAGAUGAUUUUGCAGCCUUUGUUGGGCUUCCUGUAGAAGAAGCUGUCAAAGGUGUAUUAGACCAGGGCUGGCAAGCAGACUUCUCAACUCGUAUGGUAAUGCCUAAAAAGCCAGGUGUGCUGGAAGCUUCCUUUAACAGAUUUAUUCCUUCAUCAGAACCUGCUCCAGUUCCACCAAUUCCAAAUGAGCAGCAGCUGGCCAGAUUGACUGACUAUGUGGCUUUCCUUGAAAAUUGAUUACCCUGCUCCUCCUGUCUUCAG